AUGAACCGUGGUUCUAUUGGAAAAGACGACGUCGAGAUUGUCGAUCAAUCUUCUCAUGUUGAACACAUUAUCAAACCCUCUCUGGUCACUCAGGUUGGAGACUUCCGUGUCGUUGGUUUAACUACCGAUGAUGCAGACUUUUAUAAUAACUAUCCGGAGGAGAAACGGAAAAAGGUCUUCCAUAAGGUCGAUAAGCGUUUAAUCCCUAUGCUCGCAGUGCUGUACCUGAUUUGCCAUAUCGAUCGUGCGAAUAUCGGCAAUGCUAAGAUCGAAGGCAUGGUCCAAGAUCUCAAUAUGACGGGGUUGCAGUAUAAUACUGUUCUUUCUAUAUUCUUCAUUCCCUACGUCCUGUUCGAAGUUCCUAGUAACGUUGUUCUCAAGAAGUUCAAGCGCCCUUCAGUGUACCUUGGCCUUCUUGUCUUGACCUGGGGUAUUGUUAUGACAUGCACAGGUCUGGUUCAAAAUUUUGCUGGUCUGAUGACCACUCGAGUUCUACUCGGUGUUUUUGAAGCUGGAUUCUUCCCUGGUGCUAUCUACCUUUGCUCCUACUGGUACAUGCCUAGGGAAUUAGCGCUUCGUAUCUCAUACUUCUACUGCGCCAGUGCGCUCUCCGGCGCGUUCUCCGGCCUGUUGGCUGCCGCUAUUGCCAAGAUGGACGGUACUGCUGGGCUUGAGGGAUGGCGGUGGAUCUUCAUCCUUGAAGGUCUUGCUAGUGUGGUACUAGGUAUUGCCUGUUUCUUCCUCCUCAUCGACACCCCGGCUUUAUCCAAGCGCUGGUUAUCCCCCGACGAAAUUCGCUACCUAGAACUUUCAAUGUUCAUCAAGCAAGGAGGAACUAGUACCGGGGAGGAGGGGUUCAAGUGGAGAGAUCUCAAGGUGGUUCUGAUGAACUGGAGGAUAUACGUGCAAGGCUACCUUUUGUUUUGCCAGUCGGCCUUGUCUUAUGGUACGAAGUUUACCCUCCCGACCAUCACCAAAGCCAUGGGAUUCAGCUCCACGAAUGCCCAGCUCACCUCUGCCCCUCCAUAUAUUGCCGGUGCGAUAUCUGCUAUCGUGUUUGCGCGGUUCUCCGAUCGCUUCUAUUGGCGAAUGCCAUUUGUCUGCAUCCCCAUGGUAAUCGUCGUGGUAGCCUAUUCUAUUAUUAUAUCUCUUAAUGGAGCCAUGGAAGAAAAGAAAGGAGUGGCCUACUUCGCAGUUGUCUUGUCUGUCAUCGGUAUCUACCCCAUCCAGCCCGGAGCUGCGUCUUGGAAUGCAAACAACAUUGCCCCAGCGUCCCGCCGGGCUAUGGGUAUCGCACUGGUAAACUGUGUCGGCAAUGUUGGUGGCAUAUUGGGCAGCUUCAUGUAUAUUGAGAAAGAGAGCCCUAAGUACACAACUGGAUUCGGCCUCAGUUUGGCACUCGGUGGGGUUGGAUUCUUUGUUGCUUUGUUCCUCGAAUGGACAUACAAGUUGGGCAAUGCGAAGAAGGAAAGAAUUGCUGACGAUGCAAGAGUUAACUACACCGAGGAACAGCUGUUCGAUAUGGGAGAUAAGUCGCCGCUGUUCAAAUAUGUUUUGUAA